UUUCGUUUCCCCGUUUGCCCGUUCUCGUUUUGUAUAAUAUCGUGUAACGAUAAUAAUUCAUUUCCAUAUUGUUUCUUUUUAUGUUCGCUUGAGACGUUUCAAUUGUUUUUACUUUUUAGUAUUUUUGUUUUGUCUGUCACAGAGUUCGAAAGGACGACGUCUUGUUACUCUAUACGUUUUCUUCUUUUGAUAAAAGUUACAAAUAAUAUUAUGCGGAUUGUGUUCCUUGUAAUUCGUUCAACGAAAUUCACACGUUAAAAGUCGAUAGCGUUUUUUUUUAUUAAUUAUAUCGGUUUGCGGUUAUCACUGUUGUUUAACUGAUUUUUUUUUUUACUUUUCGUGCGAACUGAACACGUCAAAAACUAAGUCCACUCGGUAUAUAAAUGCGGAAGACGUUUUGUUCUAAUGAUUUAAUUUUGCCUCUCGAACGGUUUUUAAAAUAGAAUAAAUCUAUUGAUUUAUAUAUAUAUAUAUAUAAUAUAUAGGUAUAUAUUUUUUUACCAUGUCUGACCAGGCAAACGAUAAUAGUCAAUCUGAUUCAGCUGAGCCUGCAUUGUCGAAUUCAGAUGACUGUAAAGCUGAAGGGAUAACCAUGAGUGAAUCCGAAAAUGGAUCUGGCAGUGAAGAAAAAGUCAAAGUGGUCAGGUUCAAGCCGGAACAAAGAUACACAAAAAAAGCAUUGUUGGAGUUCCAAAAUUUGUGCAGUUCAAAGGUACGCCCGAAGUUUUUGGACAACUUCCCCGAAUUGGAUUUAGAAAAUUCUAAAACAAGAAAGGGACCACAAAGGGGGCCUAUGACUAGCAGCAAACCUGCAACCAAUACCAAAUCUGUUGCAUUCGAUUUAACACCUUGGCAGAAUCAACCAGUAGAAAAUGGCGAUAUUAAGGUUGAAAAAAAGUCGCAGGAUGCCAAAGACCGCUUGAAAAAGGAUCAAGAUAUAGUUUUGAGUCCACAAAGACGUAGCUUUAAUUCGGGAUGUUUUGUCACCGCUAAUGCUACUGGACCAAAACGUUCGAAUAGUCCAUUGAAUACAGCUGCUAAGCAGUAUGUAGAAAGGGAACCUAUUCGUGAACAACGUCGAAUUGGUAGUGGUCGUUUAAUGAGUCGAGAUUCUUGGGAGACUGGAUAUCGUCCGGCAGAAAACGGAAUUGCAAACAGUUACAGUUUUAGCAAAGGAAGUUUUCGUGACACAGCAGAACCUCGUAGAAAAGACUUUGAGUUUGAUAGGGGAGAUUCAGAUCGAUACAGAAAUUACGAUCGUUUUAAUAAUAAAAGCUCAGGAAAUUAUGAUAAGCGCCGAAAUGAUUCUUACCGCUCCCAAGAAGAACCUGAGUGGAUGACAGAUGGUCCGACGUCACAAAAUGACACUAUUGAGUUAAGGGGUUUUGAUGACCCACCUACAGACAAGUCAAAGAAACCAAAAAAGUCUAAGACAUCUGCCAGAGCCAAGAAAAAUUCUAUUGACUCCACAUCUACAGACGUAACGACCGCUGCUAAAGGCACGAACGAUAAGUUAAAGAAAACAAAAAAAGAAAAGGACGAGGAUAAAAAAAAGAAAUCCACGACUGACAAGUCUAAUGAAGAGUCUGAUGAUCAAACUAAAAAGAGUUCAGAUUCAAUUUCCGGAAAUGAGUUUAUUCAAGCUUACGAUGCUGAACAUAAGACGAACGACAGUGCUUUCAACGAUUUCAAUAUAGAUGAUUUUUUGAAGCCAGAUUAUUUGAGUGAUAUAUUGCACGUUGAAGGAGAGAGCGAUGGCAAUGUAGCUGGCGGCUCACGGUUUCGUCAGUGGUUCAGCACUCGUGAUAGUAGUCGAGCUUCGUCGGCGUCAACUGAAAUGUUGAAUUCUGGAACUACUAUUAAGACAACUACAGAAGAAGAUCCCAGACAACUAUCUUCGAUGCUUAUGGGAAUAGUCAAGAACCAGAGUAAUCAAAGCGAGUCCAAAAAUUCCACUAAUGCUUACGAUUCUAUUACGUCAAGCGAAAACAGUAAACUUCCACCUGCCAUCAUGGACGUCAUCAAAGCAAGUGCACCUCAAGUACCUGAUCCUAAAACCGCCAUACGUGAUUUAGAAACUAGUGGCAAGGUUCAAAGUCUCGAAGAAAUUGAGUCUAGGUUACGCAUGUCUGGCGGUCAACAAAACGGAUACUCGCCCCAGCACAAUAAUAACCAGUUCAACGAUGAGAUGAAACAAAAAAAAAUUCAUAACACUAAGGUACACCAAAACGAGUUUGAGAAUAACGAUGGACAUCAACAAAACAAUCCCCAAAACUAUUCUAUUAUGCAGAUGCUAAAUAACGCUCAAGGACCACCUAACUACGUACCAAACCAAGGGCAAAACCCUGCUGGUCCAUGUUAUGGCCCUUCAAACAAUUAUCGUCCCCAACAACCCAACAUGCAGGUUCCUAAUGAAUUGGUUAUGAAACUGAUGGAAGCACAACAGUUGCAGAAACAACAUGAAAAUAAUAUGAUGGCUAAAGCUAUGGCUGCACAACAACAACAACAACAACAACAACUACACACCAAGCAGCAGGCUUAUAAACUUCCCGUUGAACUCCAGCAUAUGGUAAACUAUUAUACGCCAACUAAGGAUGUUUUGCACAACCGCGAAGCACAGGAAAUACUAUUAGGAAUAAAACGCGGUGAAGUUAUGCUUCAUAAUUUGGUCGAUCAAUGGAAGAAAACUAAUCCAAGUCAGGCGCGUUACCGAGAAACUCUGAUAUGUCUUAUGAAGUUAUUUCAACAUUCCAACAAUUCUCAGAGAAUGGUCAACCAGCAAGAUUUGGCAUACCAACAACAAGCAGCGUUAUACCAAAGCCAAAUGUUGAAGAGACAACUGCUCGAUCAAAGCCAUAAAAGAAUGGAAAAUACUCAUAACACACCUUAUGGUGGAGAAGGUAGUUCCAUGGACAUAAACAACUCGUCUCACCAUCAACAGCAGUCUCAACCUCGAAUCGGCCUUACGCCGACAUCAGUAUUACGCAAAAUGACUUCUACUUCAGAACCUCUAGUCGACAAACAUCAUAUUCCCGAUGAAAGAGCUGCCACCCAACAAGCUUUACAACACCAAAUAAACACGUUGCAACAACAAAUUCAGCAACAACAGUUUAUGCAGCAGCAACAACAACAGCGACCAGUCAAUACAACUAUUCAACAAAUAUUGAGCGGUAAUUACCCUAGGUACCAUCACGGAGGAGGAGUAACACAACAAUCAAACAACAUGAAUGGGCGUAUGAACUACGGUUCUGGCGACAACAAAAACCGCGUAGGCCGUGUUCAAUCUCCGGUCAGCAACCAGCUUGCUCGUUGGUUUUCUCCUGAGUUGUUAGCACAAGCUCGCGCUGGACGUUUACCAAACAUGCCGGCCAUGACUCAAAAUGUAAACAUGCUCAGCGUAGAAGACAUAGAGAAGUUCCAGGUGGGCGGUCGAUCUUAAACGAUCAGAACAAAAGUAAAUCUGCUACAAUGUUGUUUGUUUUAUGUGUACCAUAAGAACAAUACAACAAAAACAGAAAAAAAAACAAAAAAACUUAAAAAUUAAAAAAUAAUAAAAAAUUGUUAUUCCUUUUAAUAUAUUAAUAUAGGUCCUUCUCCAAGUCUCAUUUUCUUUAUUUUCCUUUUAUUGUUUUUAAAAUACGAGGUUCACAGUAUAUGUCUAAGCAAGUUUGUUUUGUGCGACAGACCUCUAAAAAAAAAAAAAAUUAUUUCCUCCACUAAGCAAUUCAGAAUGUUAUUUUUCUUUUUGCAUGUUUUAAACAAAAAAUUAACCAAUAUUUUUUGAAAAAUUAUAAUUUUUAUUCUAAUGAUGAUCAGAAAACGUAUAUAAAUAUUUUAUAUUACAUUAUUAUAAUUUCUUCAAAAUUUGAACCUUUGUGUACAAAAACUUACUAUUAUUAUUAUUACUAUUAUUAUUAUCUUUAGAAAAAAAAAAAGAAACAAUGUGUAUAUAAGUACAAAGAAUUUAUUUUCUUAUGUACAAUUUGUCUGUGAUGUUAGAAAUUGUAUGAUUUGUAAGUUCAAAAUAAGCCUUCAUUGUAUUACUAGAGUAAAAAAAAAAAAUUAGCCAUAGCGGCGGAUGAUGAUAUGUUAUGAAGAAAUAAAAUAUUGUAAUUAUUUAGUUUUGACCAAUCGA